AUGCCCUAUCCACGGCCUGUCUCCCCGGUCUCUCUCGAAACAUGCCCGCCCUCAUCUGAUAUAGAUUUAGAUGACUUGGUUGCCUCGGAUGACGAGCUGGAUGAUGCUGCCCGAGCUGCAAAGCGUCAGCGGGUCGAGAAGUUGGCGGAGUCUUAUCUACAGGGCAAACCGCUGUUUAUUUUCUCCUCUUCGCUCCGAGGCCCGCUUGAUAAUGGAUGGGCGAAUCCGUGGAAGAAAAACAGGACGCGGGGUACUGGCGCACCAGUGAAAGCUCGCCAGACAAAUGUUCCCGAGCCGGUGGUCCUGGAAACUGAUUUGCAGGCCCCGAAAUACCGAAAGGAUCUAUCAGUUGGUACUCGUCGUCCGGAUAUUCCAGCGACAUUUUGGAACUCCCCUAGGACCUCUGUGCAAAUCGGAGACCGUUCUUCACCCUCUAAAUCGCCACGGAGACAGCCCAAGGAACCCACCCCGCGCUCGGGGCAUACUGGGCAAAAUAGAACGUUGAGACGGUCUCCCACCAAAUCAAAGGAACCACCAUCGGCGACAGUGGAUGAUCAGUCAUUAAUGCCGCCUAGGACAGCGGAUUGGCUGAAGAAGGAUCGGAAGCUCUUGAACUUCACCAGAUUUGAACCGCCGAGCUCGCCAACAAUAUCCGUUGCUUCUCGUCAGUCGGAUAAAGCUCGUCGACUGGGACCGCGCUCUGUUCAGGUCCAGGUUCCACAGACGCCGGCAUCGCCAGAAAAAUGCCCUACCGUCAAAACUGUUCCAGCAAAGACAGCCCAGAGUGCUCGUGUGAACUCGAACGAGCACGUAUCCCUGCGGUCCAAUCGGGCCGGCUUAAAUUCACCGAAGGAACCUACUCUACGGUCCAUUCGGGCCACCUUGAACUCACCUAAGGACCCUACUGUUCCUUCUCAUUCGCCCCGGGAGCCGUCUCUCCGAAUCGUUGAUUCUUCCUCUCAGCUGCCGAGGUUUGAAUACCGGAGGUGGCCCCGUGAACGUUCUAGUCAACAGGAGAAGACUUCCCCUAUGCGAGAUGAAAGCAUCUUGCAAGAAGAGACUUUUAUACAAGAAGACAGCCCUCUGAAAGAAAAAUCCAUAGUCGAUCUCGAACCUGCCAUUCAAAAUGAGGACUCUAUCAAGAAAGAUGCAAGCCACAAGACCUUGUCGAAAGAAACUAGGUUUGCAGAUGAGGAUGAUCUCAUAGAGGAUGAUCUUGGGGUGGAGGAAGCCGCAGCAGAAGGUGCCGCCGAUACAGAGGCCGUGGCGGAAGAUAUUACAACUGAGAAAGAUACAUCGACAUUCCAAAACACAGAUCACUCUGGAUCAACUGAGCAUAACACCUACGAUGAUCUCCCUUCUGCACAACAAGUACCACCCCCCUUGGGAGUGUCAGACCGGGUAACGUCGCUGCACUCGACGGCUUUGGCAAGAGUAGACCCAGGACAAGACUCACCCCAAAGCCCCGAUACCCAGCUUUCGACCCUGGCUGCCCUUUUGCAUGCCCAGAGGUCCUUUCAAGACGACCUGGACAGUCCAGAAUUUCACGAUGAGACACCGGAUUCGGACCGAGCAGUGCAUUCACCUGAUGCUUCACUUCGCUCAGCAAAUGUCACUCCAUUCUACCGUCUAGAAGAGUCAAUUCGACGUGAUCUAGAACGGAGUUCGAUAUCCAAGAACAAGGAUGGGAUGCAUGCAAUGAGCACGCAAUUCAUGCUUGAUGCAGCUACACCUUUCAAUUUCAGCACUGAGCAAGCUGGUCAAGAUCGGAACUUGAAACCCAUGAACAGAAAUAUGACGCAAGCAAUGAAUACGCAGUUCAUGCUCGAUGCAGCUACACCCUACGCUUUUAGCACAGAGAAGAGACAGCGUACAUCCAGACCAGACUCAGGUUCACCUACGGCGAGAGGCUCCAAGAGAAAAAGGACGGCCAAUAUCGGAAGCCCUUCUCCUUCUGCUAGGAGUCAAUCAACAUCUCUCGACUACGAAUAUCACACUGCGGAAUCCCAAUCAAGCGAAGAUGAUGAAAGCUCACGAUCAGUGGCCGAGCAGUUGGAUCAUCAAUUAACUUAUCAAUCCGCCACAGAGGCUGCGUCCUUACCACUCACCUUAAGCGAAUCGGUGCCAACAACAGGCCAGGAUGGACAAGGUGUUCACCAGGGAAUGGAGAGUUUCAACCUCAGUCAGGCAAUUGCGGAUGCUGGUAGUUGGCUUCAACAAAGUUUUGAUUUCAUGAGCAGCGCUCGGCCAAGCAGGAGUUUCAACGCAAUUCCUACUUCUGACCCGCGCCCUUCCCCUUUAAACAUGGAUGUAUCUCAAUAA